AUGGCCGAUUUACCCAGUGAUAAAGUUGAUGAAGCUAAACAAGUCUUUGAAGUAUUCGAUAAGAAAUAUGAAGGAAAAGUCGAUGCAUUCUAUAUUGGAGAUAUGCUUCGCUCGCUUGGUUUAUAUGCAACACAAGCUGAAUGUGAAAAACGUGGUCAAACAAAGAAAACAGGAGAAAAAUCCAUCAAAGUUGAAGAAUUUUUACCAAUCUACUCAGAGUUUUAUAAAAUGCCACCCAAAAAUUUUGGUACAUAUGAAGAUUUUAUGGAGGGCUUAAAAUUAUUCGAUAAAGAAAGUAACGGUUUAAUGUCAUUAGCUGAACUUACCCAAGUACUUGUUGCUAUGGCUGAAAAACUUGAUCCACAAGCUGUUGAAGAAAUUCUUCGUUCAACAAAUACAAAAGAUGAUGCCGAAGGCAUGUUUAAUUAUGAUGUUUUUGUUCGUGCUCUUCUUCAAGAAGAAUCAGUGUUUGUUAUUCGUCGUGUUUUUCCUGCCUAUCUUUUUUUUUCUUUCUAUACAUGUUUAUUCCUCAAUCAUCAACCCUUUUCUUUUCUUUUAUAUGCACAAACACGUUCUAUUCAAUACAAUGCACAGCAAGAAGAAGAUAGUCAGCGAUCAUCAUCAUCAUCAUCGAUAUCAUCAUCAUCGAUAUCAUCAUCAUCAUCAUCAUCAUCAUCCUCUUUCAUUCUCUGUGCGUGUAUUCGUGUAUGUUUUAUUUAUGUAUACCAUUUUAUAUUUUUGUGUUCAAGCAACUUCUUUGCUGCUGCUAUUAAUUUUUGA